UAACAGUGAGGUAGGAGGAGAGGAGGAACAGGAGAAGGAGGAGGAAGGGGUGCUUCCUCUUCAGUCUGGGGCUGAGCUGCUGAUGUAUCCCAGCAGCCCCGGUCCGUAGCAACAGGAAACCUUGGUAUAAAAAGCCGCGUCGUAGGGGGAACCCUCCUAAGUGUUUCUCAGCCGCAGCAUGACCAGGACCGAGAGCCUGAGAGUUUGGACCUAACAAGACAAUGCCCAGCCUAAUCAUCGAACCACUAAACACGCAAAACUUCAUCAUGGACAGAGAUGACAGGAAGAGAAACAAGAACAUCGGAAAGAACUUUAUGUGCCGACUCCAGUGCAUGUUCUCACACUCGUCAAGCUCUGAGAGCAGGCUAAGUUUGGAAGAUACCCAACAAUGGUCACAGUCACUGGAAAGGCUUCUGGAGUCUAAAUAUGGACUGGCCACUUUUCGCAACUUUCUAAAAUCCGAAUACAGCGAUGAGAAUAUUGAGUUCUGGCUCACCUGUGAGGACUACAAGAAGAUCAAGUCUUCAUUCAGAAUGUCCUCAAGAGCCAAGAAGAUUUAUGAGCAGUUCAUUAAAGCAGAAUCUCCUAAAGAGAUCAACAUCGACUAUCACACCCGAGAGCAGAUCAAAAGGAACGUCAAGACUCCCACCAUGCACUGCUUUGACGACGCUCAGAAGAUAGUUUACGGGCUGAUGGAAAGAGACUCGUACCCGCGGUUCCUCCGCUCGGACAUUUAUAGAACUCUCCUGGAAAACCUCGCCGCCGACGCAACGAAGGGAUGAAAGCACGGUCAGGAGGGGGUGGGGGGAGAGAGAGAACGGACAUUAAACCCAUAACUGGAAUGUUAGAGCUCCUUCAGGAGGAAGGACCGAACACAAAGAAGGAAGGAGACUCAACACGGACACGUACGGAGGCCCCACGCCUCGGCGUCGUCACUAGAUCCAGAAGCAAACUGUGCCUUAGUCCCACGUCAUGGGAGGAUCCCAAAACCGAGCACAUCACACCUGAGGACUGUGUACCAAGAAGAAUAAACAGCUUUCAUGAUUAUGACCCUGUAGUGUGUGUUUGCACUUGGAUAAGUCUGUGUAUGCAGGCGCAUUGAACACUUUCCACAGUGAAUCAGUCAGCGAGGCGACUGAGGCCCGCUCUGGCUGUGGAGCUGCGUAAGCAAACCAUGCAGUGGACCUCCUUUGGCCUUCUUUGCAGAGGUGUUUCCUGUGCAGAAUAAGAUAGAGGAUGUAGGAUGCAACGGUCACACUCGAUCGGCUGUGUGUGGGUGGGUGUGUGUGUGUCUCAGAGAGAGAAUGAGAGAGUGUGUUUAGUUGUAGCUUUAAACUGCCACUGACACGGAAUAAGCUGUCGCAAAGAGAGUUGGCCAAUUAUCUAAUGACAGCUCUAAGGAAGACAACAAAUCUAUAGCGAACAGACUCAGUAGUGAUAUGUCAUCCUUAGUAAAGGGUUGCAGAAGGCCACUUAGCUCUGCAAGAGGUGUUCAUGUACACUUUAAAAAGGAGAUUUUUCUCCCUUUUUUUUUUUUUAGAUUGGAGCGAUAUGGGGUU